UAAAUAAUCUAUUUUUGUACAUGAUUUGCCAUGAAAGCUAAAUUAAGAAAGACACCUUUAUCUGCAAAUGAUGACUGGUCCCAGCUCUAGCCAGGCCCUCCCUUCUCAAUUUCCAAAUUCCCGCCUGGAAGCUUCUUCCAAUGUCCUCCAGAGCUCGCUUCAAGCGUACUAAACAAUAACAAACACGCGUAUCCAGACCUAAAAGGUAUUGCUUUAUACUUAAAUCCAUCCUCGAUGAUACACAUUGCGCCAUGGAGUUGGGGCUCAAUUUAGAGGAUGAUGACUUCCAAGGACAGUCUAAGAAAGAUUCAGAUAACACUAUAUCUAAUAGUGCGUCGCUGAGCUACCUGGCCAAACAGUGCCCACACAAAUGGUUUGACAAUGCACAAGGGCCUAUUGGCGAAGCCGAUGUUCAAACCUUAAAAUUCAAUGCUGAUCAAGCUUACUUGGAAAAGGAUUAUGUCAAGGCCUUCCGAUUCUACGAGGAGGUGCUGAAGCGCACGUCGAAGAAGAACAUGAGCAAUCGAAGAGAUAUGAUGGAAUCACUGGCCCGAUGUGCUCUACACCAGAAUCGAUCAAGCCAAGCCCUGGAAUGGGCCUUGGAAUUGCACAACACUUCGCAUCCGAAUAACAUCGAUCAUCUGACCGUCAGUCACGAUCUUUUGAGUCAAGUCUACGACGCCCAAGGUGAUUCCGAAGAAUCUUUGGCUCACUUGAGCCGCAUCAUUCAUAUCCAUCCAUUUGUGCCGGAUUUCUGGACUCGAAUUGGCCAAUGCUAUGUGAAUUUCAAGGACAAAAUCCUGGAAUAUCCGAUAUCCAAGAGUAAUUUAAAGCAGGUUCAAGCAUUUUGUUUCAUUCGAGCUCUGGUCUUGCUACAACGUGUGGAGACCACGGUCCGUUCGUUUGCCAAAGAGCCCAAUGUAAAAGGUCAAAAGGUCCUACUGGAGCAAAUCCGAUCAUUCAGCUUGCAUCCUGAAGAAGCAGAUCGAUUGCAUUUUUUUGCCAGCUUAGACAUUGCUCAUUCUCGCUCGGACGCCAAAAGUGGUGACGCUCAAUCUUCAGCUUCCGAUAGUGACGGAAAAGACUUCCAAGAUUUGGGUCGAUCGGAAAGGAUAAAGGCCCUGGAGAAAGAGUUCGAAAAUGUGCCCGACUCUAGAGCCGAAUGGAACCCGUCAAUGGUUAUUGAAGGAUUUGAACUGGAAUGGUUUAAAUUCAUGGUUGAGUGACACAGAAAGGAUAUUCAAGGCAUAUUGAUCAAUUUAUUGGUCGAUUCUUGACAAAUGUUUUCUUUGAUAUUCCAUUGCUUGAUUCGGAGGCUCUUGAUGCAUCUAUAUAUCACAUAAAUAUGGUUUGCGAACAAUAUAUACUAUCCCUUUACGACAAGA